UUAUUGUGUGCAGCUUCUUCCCUCAGCUGGGUUUCUUCUCGCUUCCUCUAAUCUUCUCUUUCUCUCUCUUCACUUUCACUUCAAUUUUCUCAUUUCCUUCCUGAAUUGGGAUCAAUUCUCGAUUAUUGGUCGGGGAUUGAUCAAAUUGUCGAAUCUCUUUCUUUUCUUCCCUGCGAUGCUCUCAGUUCCCAGAUGAAGUUGAAGAGGAAGAGGGCACUUGAAGUGCCUCCAAAAAUUAGAUGUUUCAUCGAUCGUGUUACUUCAGUUCCACUUGAGAAGAUAGAAGAACCUUUAAAGGCUUUUGUUUGGGAGUUUGAUAAGGGAGAUUUUCAUCACUGGGUUGAUCUUUUUAACCAUUUUGAUUCAUUCUUUGAGAAGUAUGUAAAACCAAGGAAGGAUCUGCAGAUUGAUGAUGAUUUUCUGGACUUGGAUCCUUUAUUCCCUAGAGAAUCUGUUCUUCAAAUUCUUCGUGUUAUCAGAAUAAUUUUGGAUAAUUGCACAAAUAAGCAUUUCUAUAGUUCAUAUGAGCAGCAUCUUUCAGCAUUGCUUGCUUCUACUGAUCCUGAUGUGGUUGAGGCUAGCCUGGACACUUUGGCUACCUUUUUGAAGAAAACAGUUGGAAAGUACUCCAUAAGAGAUGCUUCUUUGAAUUCAAAAUUGUAUGCUCUUGCCCAAGGAUGGGGUGGAAAGGAAGAGGGUCUUGGACUGAUUGCUUCAGCUGUGCCUAAUGGUUGUGACCCUAUUGCUUGUGAAUUGGGCCGUACCCUUCAUUUUGAAUUUUAUGCAGUAAAUGAGUCAGAAAGUGACAUCAAAGUUACUGAACCCUUGGUCCAAGGCUUGCAAAUUAUUCACUUAUCUGAUGUCAACAAAUGUGUGGAAACUGAUCUUGAGCUUUUGCAUAAGUUAGUUACAGAAUAUAAGGUACCUUCCAGUUUAAGAUUUUCUUUAUUGACAAGACUGCGGUUUGCUAGGGCUUUUGGUUCUUUGUCUUCUAGACAACAAUAUACAUGCAUUCGCUUGUAUGCCUUCAUAGUUCUAAUUCAAGCAAGUGCUGAUGCUGAUGACCUGGUUUCGUUCUUCAAUGUGGAGCCUGGAUUCAUCAAUGAAUUAGUAUCAUUGCUGAGCUAUGAAGAUGCAGUUUUGGAAAAAAUUCGGAUUUUAUGUUUGCAUUCGUUAGCUGCUCUUUGCCAAGAUCGUUCCCGUCAACAGUCAGUACAGACUGCAGUUACAUCUGGUGGGCACCGUGGCAUUUUAUCUAGCCUGAUGCAAAAAGCCAUUGACUCCGUUACUAGUAAUACCUCAAAAUGGUCAGUUCAUUUUGCAGAAGCACUAUUGUCUCUUGUCACUGUGUUGGUUUCGACAUCGUCAGGGUGCUCUGCCAUGCGGGAAGCAGGAUUUAUUCCUACUCUGCUACCUCUCCUUAAAGAUACAAAUCCACAGCACUUGCAUUUGGUUGAAAAGGCUGUGCGCAUUUUAGAAGCUUUUAUGGAUUACAGUAAUCCGGCUGCUGCUCUGUUCAGAGAUUUGGGAGGUUUGGAUGAUACCAUCUCUCGCCUAAAGAUUGAAGUCUCCAAUGUAGAAAAUAGUGGAAAGCAGCCAGAUGAUAAUUCUGAGUCUAGUGCAAGUAGUGUAAAUAUGGUUAGAAGUUCUUCAACUGGGCCAGAUGACACACAACCUUUGUAUUCUGAACUGUUAAUUUCUUAUCACCGUCGGUUGCUGAUGAAAGCUUUGUUGCGUGCUAUAUCCCUGGGAACUUAUGCCCCUGGAAAUACUGCUCGCAUCUAUGGAUCUGAAGAGAAUGUGCUGCCUCAUUGCUUAUGCAUAAUUUUUAGGAGAGCAAAAGAUUUUGGUGGUGGAGUUUUUUCUCUUGCAGCUACUGUCAUGAGUGACUUAAUACAAAAGGAUCCUACUUGUUUUCCUGUUUUAGAUGCAGCUGGUCUUCCGUCUGCCUUCUUGGAUGCUAUAAUGGUUGAUGUUCUCAACUCUGCAGAAGCCAUUACCUGCAUCCCCCAGUGUUUGGAUGCCUUAUGCUUAAAUAGUAAUGGCCUGCAAGCUGUGAAAGAUAGGAACUCUCUGAGGUGUUUUGUGAAAGUGUUUACUUCUAGAACAUAUUUGCGUGCUCUUGCAGGAGACACACCUGCAUCUUUGUCUAGUGGACUGGAUGAAUUAAUGCGCCAUGCUUCCUCAUUGCGUGGGCCUGGAGUGGAAAUGUUAGUUGAAAUUCUGGAAGCUAUUUCAAAAAUUGGUUCUGCAGUGGAUUCCUCAUCCUUGAGUCCUGAUCCAUGCUCUUCAACCUCUGUUCCUAUGGAAAUGGAUGGUGAGGACAAGAAUUUGAUCUUGCCUAAUAACAAGGAGUCAUCCAAUGCUAAUGACACAGAGCAGAUUACUGAGCCAUCUCAUGAUGUGCCAAUAGUAAAUGUAGAGUCAUUUCUUCCAGAUUGUGUAAACAAUAUUGCUCGUCUACUUGAGACAAUUCUUCAGAAUGCCGAUACAUGUCGAAUAUUUGUCGAGAAAAAAGGAAUUGAAGCUAUUCUCCAGUUAGUUACCUUACCUUUAAUGCCGCCUUCUGUUUCUGUUGGGCAGAGUAUAUCUGUUGCCUUCAAGAAUUUCUCCCCACAGCAUUAUGUUUCUCUUGCCCGGGCUGUAUGCUCCUUCUUGAGGGAACAUCUGAAAUCUAUCAAUGAACUUUUAGAUUUGGUGGGAGGAACUCAACUUGCUCUAGUGGAAUCUGCAAAGCAAACAAAGGUGUUGAAAUAUCUUGCCAGCCUUGAAGCUGUCUUAACUCUUUCUGUGUUUUUGUUGAAGGGUUCAACUACUGUUGUCUCUGAACUAAGUACUUUAGAUGCUGAUGUGUUGAAAGAUCUUGGAAAAACAUACAAGGAAGUAAUUUGGCAAAUAUCAUUGUGUAAUGAUUCUAAGGCCGAGGGAAAAAAGAAUGCUGAUCAAGAACCUGAGGUUGCACAGGUACCCCCAUCUACUGCUGUUGAAAGAGAGAGUGAUGAUGAUUCAAAUAUUCAGACAGUAAGAUACACAAACCCAGUUUUUGCUAGGAAUGGUUCACAUUCCCUGUGGAGUGGGGAACGAGAAUUCCUUUCUGUUGUUCGUGCUGGAGAAAGUAUGCACCGUCGAAGUCGGCAUGGGUUAUCCCGCAUACGAGGUGGAAGGACUGGUCGUCACUUGGAAGCUUUAAACAUUGAUUCAGAGGCAUCUUCUAGUGCACUCGAAGCACCUUUAUCCCAAGAUCUGAAAAAGAAAAGCCCUGAUGUUCUUGUUCUAGAGAUUCUUAACAAACUGGCAUCAACUUUGCGCUCUUUCUUCACUGCCCUUGUGAAGGGAUUCACUUCACCAAAUCGUCGCAGAGCUGACUCGGGGUCACUUAGUUCAGCUUCAAAGACUCUUGGAGCUGUUUUAGCUACAAAUUUUUUUGAGGCUCUUAGUUUUUCUGGGCAUUCUACUUAUGCUGGACUUGAAAUGUCACUUUCUGUUAAAUGUAGAUAUCUUGGGAAGGUUGUGGAUGAUAUGGCUGCUCUCACAUUUGAUAGCAGGCGCCGGAGUUGUUAUACUGCCAUGGUUAAUAAUUUUUAUGUCCAUGGAACAUUUAAAGAGCUACUCACAACAUUUGAAGCUACUAGUCAGUUGCUAUGGACACUUCCGUGCUCUCUUCCAUCAUCAGAUAUUGAUGUUGGAAAAAAAGGGGAAGGAGGUAAACUGUCCCAUAACACAUGGCUACUUGAUACACUACAAAGCUACUGUCGUUUGCUUGAGUAUUUUGUAAACUCGUCUCUUCUUUUGUCCCCAACCUCAGCAUCUCAGGCAGAGCUUCUUGUUCAGCCAGUUGCAGUUGGUCUCUCAAUUGGACUCUUUCCAGUUCCUAGAGACCCAGAAGUUUUUGUCUGUAUGUUACAAUCUCAGGUUCUGGAUGUAAUCCUACCAGUCUGGAAUCAUCCCAUGUUUUGUAGUUGUAGUCCUGGUUUCAUUGCAUCUAUUAUUUCCCUUGUUACACACGUAUAUUCUGGUGUUGGAGAUGUCAAGCGUAAUCGUAUUAACAUUGUGGGAAGCACAAACCAACGUUUCAUGCCCCCUCCACCUGAUGAGGCAACCAUUGCCACUAUUGUUGAGAUGGGCUUCUCAAGGGCAAGGGCUGAGGAAGCAUUGAGAAGAGUUGAAACAAAUAGUGUUGAAAUGGCCAUGGAGUGGCUGUUUAGUCAUGCUGAUGAUCCUGUCCAGGAGGAUGAUGAACUUGCACGGGCACUUGCUCUGUCCCUAGGAAGUAGUUCUGAAUCUACUAAAGCUGAGAGUGCUGAGAAGACUAUAGAUGUUCUAACUGAAGAGGGACAUGUGAAGAAACCUCCAGUUGAUGAUAUACUUGCUGCAUCUGUAAAGUUGUUUCAGAGUAGUGAUUCAGUGCCAUUUCAGUUGACAGAUUUGCUUGUAACACUUUGCAGUCAGAGCAAGGGUGAUGAUCGUCCAAAGGUAACAUCUUAUCUUCUGCAGCAGCUAAAACUUUGUCCGUUGGACUUUUCCCAGGAUAACUGUGCAUUGAGUGUGUUAGCACAUAUCUUGGCACUGCUUCUUUUUGAGGAUGGAAGUACACGGGAAAUUGCUGCUCAGAAUGGCAUUAUAUCUACCAUUAUAGAUAUCUUGACAAACUUCAAAAGUAGGCAGGAGUUGGGGAAAGAACUACCAGUCCCUAAAUGCAUUAGUGCUUUACUACUUAUAUUGGAUCAAAUGGUGCAGUCAAGACCCAAAGUUGAAAAUAUGGAAGGAACCCAGACUGGUUCCCUGCCUGAUUCUUCUGGGGAGCAAUUUUCUGAUACAGUUUUACCAAAGGAAAAAAAUUCAAAUGGGAUUGAGAAAGAACCUGCAAUGGCUUUUGAGAAUAUACUGGGAAAAUCUACUGGUUUUGCAACUAUUGAUGAGAGUCAUAAAUUGCUGGAUAUUGCAUGUGAUUUGAUAAAACAGCAUGUUCCUGCUGUUGUCAUGCAGGCUGUUCUGCAAUUAUGUGCUCGGUUAACAAAAACACAUGCUUUAGCUUUGCAGUUCCUUGAAAAUGGAGGUCUGGCUGCUCUUUUUAAUCUUCCAAGGACUUGCCUUUUCCCUGGCUAUGACUCAGUUGUGUCAGCUAUAGUCCGGCAUCUCCUUGAAGAUCCUCAAACACUACAAACAGCCAUGGAGUUGGAGAUACGACAAACUUUAAGUGGAAAUCGCCAUUCAGGGCGUGUCUCUCCUCGAUCAUUUUUGACAUCAUUGGCACCUGUUAUCUCUAGGGAUCCUAUGGUUUUCAUGAAAGCUGCAGCAGCAGUUUGUCAGAUAGAAACAUCAGGGGGAAGGACUGUUGUUGUGUUGUCAAAGGAGAAAGAAAAAGAAAAAUCAAAAUCAUCAAGUGUUGAGGUUGGGUUAUCUUCAAAUGAAUGUGUCCGGAUACCUGAAAUCAAGUCACAUGAUGGACUGGGGAAAUUUUUGAAAAGCCACAAAAAGGUUCCCGUUAAUCUCACUCAAGUAAUUGAUCAGCUUCUUGAGAUUGUGCUUAAGUAUCCACUUGUGAAAGGUCAGGAAGAUUCUGAGUGUGACUCAACUUUCAUGGACAUAGAUGAACCUACCAUGAAGGUGAAGGGUAAAUCUAAGGUUGAAGAGGCUGGGAUAUUAGAGCCUGAAUCUGAAAGGUCUACUGGACUGGUGAAGGUGACUUUUGUCCUCAAGUUAUUGAGUGACAUUCUUCUAAUGUAUGGGCAUGCAGUAGGUGUCAUACUCAGACGUGACUCUGAAAUGUGUCAAUUCCGUGGAUCUAAUCAGCCAUCUGGACAUAGUGGUAUUAUUCAUCAUGUAUUACAUCGGUUGUUACCUCUCUCCGUUGAUAAAUCUGCAGGACCUGAUGAUUGGAGAGGUAAGUUGUCUGAAAAGGCUUCAUGGUUUUUGGUAGUUUUGUGUGGUCGAUCUGGUGAAGGGCGCAAACGAGUGACAAAUGAACUUGUUAAAGAAUUGAUGUCUUUUUCACAUCUGGAGAGCAAUUCAAUGAAAAGCAGCUUACUGCCAGAUAAAAGGCUAUUCACUUUUGUUGAUCUAGUGUAUUCUAUUUUGUCAAAAAAUUCGUCAUCUGGUAGCCUACCUGGUUCUGGAUAUUCACCUGAUAUUGCAAAAAGCAUGAUAGAUGGUGGAAUCAUUCUGUCUCUAACUAGUAUUCUGCAAGUGGUUGAUUUGGAUCAUCCUGAUGCACCCAAAAUUGUGAAUCUUAUACUCAAAGGGUUAGAAGGUCUUACAAGAGCUGCUAAUGCAAGUGAGCAAAUCUUUAAAUCUGAUGGAACUGAAAAGAAAAGAUCCGCUGUUUUAAAUGAUAGAUCUGAUGAUCAAAUAACAGCACCAUCUGCAGCUGAAGCAGUGGCACAUGAUCAGAAUGCGGGCAGUCAAGAAGCAAGCAGAGAUGCAAUGGAUAAUGCACACAAUCAAGGAACUUCUCAAGGUGAUGAUCGUGCGGAUAAUCCAGAUCAAUCAAUGGAACAUGAUAUUAGAGUAGAAGAAGGGGGGACAAUGGCUCAAAACCAAACAAUGGAACUUGGAAUGGACUUCAUGCGAGAAGAGAUGGGAGAGGGUGGUGUCUUGCACAACCCAGAUCAAAUUGAGAUGACUUUUCAUGUUGAGAAUAGGGCUGAUGAUGACAUGGGUGAUGAAGAUGAUGAUAUGGGUGGCGAUGAGGAUGAGGAUGAGGAUGAUGAUGAGGGAGAGGAUGAGGAUGAGGAUAUAGCAGAAGAUGGUGGGGGCAUGAUGUCCUUGGCAGAUACUGAUGUGGAGGAUCAUGAUGAUGUUGGCUUUGGAGAUGAAUACAAUGAUGAGAUGAUUGACGAAGACGAUGAUGAUUUUCAUGAGAAUCGGGUCAUAGAGGUGAGGUGGAGGGAAGCUCUUGAUGGCUUGGAUCACUUGCAGAUACUUGGCCAACCUGGAUUUAUAGAUGUGGCUGCUGAGCCUUUUGAAGGUGUUAAUGUGGAUGACCUUUUUCGUCUUCAGAGUUUUGAACGCCGCCGUCAGACUGGUAGGUCUUCCUUUGAGAGAUCUGCCACAGAAGUAAAUGGUUUUCAACAUCCUCUCCUUGUUAGACCACCACCAUCUGGUGAUUUUGUCUCAAUGUGGUCAUCGAGUGGUAAUUCUGCAUCCCGAGAUUCAGAAACCCUGUCAUCUGGGAAUCUUGAUGUGGCCCAUUUCUACAUGUUUGAUGCACCUAUUCUUCCAUAUGAUCAUGUGCCAAGUAGUCUGUUUGGAGACCGUUUGGGUGGUGCUGCACCUCCACCUCUGACAGAUUAUUCUGUGGGUAUGGGCUCAUUGCAUCUACCUGGAAGAAGAGUGCUAGGUAAUGGUAGGUGGACUGAUGAUGGUCAGCCACAAGGAAGUGCUCAAGCAGCUGCCAUUGCACAAGCAGUAGAGGAACAAUUCCUAGCUCAAUUGUGCAGUGUAGCUCCUGCUAGCAGUCCUGUUGAACGACAGUUACAGAAUUCUGGAGAACAAGAGAACAAGUCUGAUGCUCUUGCAUCACAUGAUGGUCCAAUAUUGACUGCAGGAACUGACUCUACUUCUCAGCAGAUUGAUAGUCAGGAGCAAGAAAAUGGUAACGGAACCAGAGCUCAGCAAAUCAACGAUGGUGGUCAUUGUGAGGAAGAGAUAAAUGUAGACUCUGGUGGUCGAGAUACAGCUGAAGACCUGCAAGCUAAUGAGCCUAUGUCAGUUCAACCAGUUUCACUGAAUAUCAUGCCAAAUGGUUUUGAUUGCACAGUGAUUGAAGGAAAUGUCACUCAUGAUGAGAAUGUAGAAAUAGCUCAGGCAUUUGUCAAUUCAUCUAUUAAUUCUGAUGCUGCUAUACAAUGUGAAAGCGGUGCUGAUGUACCUACUAGCAUCCACAAUGUGCCAAUUGAGUCCAUGGAAUUCAAUGGAUCAUCAAAUGCUGAUGGGCAGCCUCCUAAUAUUGAGUUAGGGGGCUCUGGUUUUGAAACUCCCAAUCCAGGUGAUUCCCAUGCAUCGUCAAUUUAUGCUAGUGCUGAUGUUGAUAUGGGUGGUACUGAUGCCGAAGGAAAUCAAUCAGAGCAACCAACUGUUUUUGAAGACGGGAGGGGUGAGAUGUUAUCAACUCAGAACACUGAGGUUGCUCCAGAUGCUACUCAGGCUGACCAAGUUAGUGCAAAUAAUGAAGCUUCUGGUGCUAAUACCAUUGACCCUACCUUUUUGGAGGCUCUGCCUGAAGAUCUACGGGCAGAAGUUCUGGCAUCCCAACAAGCUCAGUCUGUUCAACCUCCAGCUUAUGCACCACCUUCUGCAGAAGAUAUUGAUCCCGAGUUUUUAGCUGCUCUUCCUCCAGAUAUUCAAGCAGAAGUUUUGGCCCAACAAAGAGCUCAAAUGGUUGCCCAGCAGGCUGAAGGACAGCCAGUUGACAUGGAUAAUGCCUCUAUAAUUGCUACUUUUCCUGCUGAAUUGCGUGAAGAGGUUCUUUUGACUUCUUCUGAAGCUGUUCUGUCAGCACUACCAUCCCCAUUGCUUGCAGAAGCUCAAAUAUUGAGGGAUCGAGCAAUGAGUCAUUAUCAAGCUCGGAGCCUUUUCGGGAGCAGCCACAGGCUUAACAAUCGAAGAAAUGGUCUUGGAUUUGACCGGCGACCUGUGAUGGAUCGGGGUGUUGGAGUUACAAUUGGGAGGAGAUCUGCUCUUACAGAUAGCUUGAAGGUGAAGGAGAUUGAAGGUGAGCCACUACUUGAUGGAAAUGCAUUAAAAGCUUUGAUCCGGCUUCUACGACUGUCACAGCCCCUUGGAAAAGGCCUUCUGCAGAGGCUCUUGUUAAACUUAUGUGCACAUAGUGUUACAAGGGCCACUCUUAUUUAUCUUUUGCUUGACAUGAUUAAACCUGAAGCUGAAGGCUCUGUAAGCAGACCAGCGACAUUAAAUUCCCAGAGGCUUUUUGGUUGUCACUCAAACACAGUUUAUGGUCGAUCUCAAUUGUUGGAUGGUCUUCCUCCUCUUGUGUUCCGCCGAAUUCUGGAGAUUCUAACUUAUUUGGCCACAAAUCAUUCUGCUGUUGCAAAAUUGUUGUUUCACUUUGAUCAACCAAUUAUUCCAGAUUCUUCAUGUCCAGUUAAGGUGCAUAUGAAUGAGAAAGGGAAAGAGAAGGUUAUUGAAGGGAGACCAUCACCAAAUUCCUCUGGAGCUCAGACAGGGGAUGUUCCCCUAGUGCUCUUUUUGAAGCUCUUGAACCGACCCCUGUUUCUACGCAGCAAUGCUCAUCUUGAGCAGGUCAUGGGUCUGAUUCAAGUUGUAGUUGAUACUGCAGCUUCAAAAUUAGAAAGUCAAUCACAGUCUGAAAAAGGAAUGGCAGAUACCCAAAAUUUGUCAGCCAGUGAAGCCCCAAGUAAUACUGAGAAGGAUGCUCCUUCGGUGGAGUCGGACUCUAAUCAACAAGAUAAGCAUGCAGAUACAAAUCCAUGCCAUUCUGAAGGGAAGAAGAAUGUAGAUAUGUACAAUAUCUUCUUGCAGUUGCCACAAUCUGAUUUGCGAAAUUUGUGCAGUCUUCUUGGUCGUGAAGGGCUUUCGGAUAAAAUGUAUAUGCUUGCUGGUGAGGUGCUGAAGAAGUUGGCUUUCAUUGUUUCCUCCCAUAGGAAGUUCUUUACUUUAGAGCUUUCAGAAUCAGCUCAUGCGUUGACAGGUUCAGCCAUCAGUGAGCUUGUCACACUCCAGAAGACAAAUAUGCUUGGUUUGAGUGCUGGUUCUAUGGCUGGUGCAGCCAUUCUACGUGUGCUGCAAGCUCUUAGUUCACUCACUUCACUUAAUACUUUGGGUGAUUUGGAUAUGGAAAAUGAUGCGGAUCAGCAUGAUGAUCAAGCAACUAUUUGGAAUUUGAAUACUGCACUCGAGCCAUUGUGGCAAGAACUGAGUAAUUGUAUAAGUGCAGCUGAGAUGCAGCUUGGACAGAGCUCUUUCUCUCCUAACAUGUCAAACAUAAAUGUUGCCGAGAAUCUGCAAGGUUCCUCUACUUCACCACCUCUUCCUCCUGGGACACAAAGACUCUUGCCUUUCAUUGAGGCUUUCUUUGUUUUGUGUGAAAAGCUACAAGCAAAUGAAUCCUUCAUGCAGCAAGACCAUUGCAAUGCAACUGCCAGAGAAGUUAAGGAGUCUGCUGGUUGUUCAGCUUCAACAAGUGUUAAAAUUGGUGGAGAUUCACUGCGGAAAUUCGAUGGUGCUAUCACUUUCACAAGGUUUGCUGAGAAGCAUCGCCGACUGUCAAAUGCUUUCAUUAGGCAGAAUCCAGGUUUGUUGGAGAAAUCACUUUCCAUGAUGCUCAAGGCACCAAGGCUGAUAGACUUUGAUAACAAGAGAGCCUAUUUCCGCUCAAGAAUAAGGCAACAACAUGACCAACACUUGUCUGGGCCAUUGCGUAUAAGUGUAAGGCGGGCUUACAUUUUGGAGGACUCUUAUAAUCAGCUAAGGAUGCGUCCUACUCAGGAUCUGAAGGGGCGAUUAAAUGUGCAAUUUCAAGGUGAAGAGGGUAUUGAUGCUGGUGGUCUCACCAGAGAAUGGUAUCAGCUGUUGUCGAGGGUCAUAUUUGAUAAAGGUGCUUUACUUUUCACAACAGUGGGCAACAAUGCAACUUUCCAACCAAACCCUAAUUCAGUAUACCAGACUGAACAUCUCUCAUACUUCAAGUUUGUUGGCCGAGUGGUGGGGAAGGCUUUGUUUGAUGGGCAACUGCUGGAUGUUUACUUUACUCGAUCUUUCUAUAAGCAUAUACUUGGUGUUAAGGUUACAUACCAUGAUAUUGAAGCGGUUGAUCCUGAUUACUAUAAGAAUUUGAAAUGGAUGCUUGAGAAUGAUGUGAGUGAUAUUCCUGACCUGACAUUUAGCAUGGAUGCUGAUGAGGAAAAGCACAUACUUUACGAGAAGAAUGAGGUCACUGAUUAUGAGCUUAAACCUGGAGGAAGGAACAUAAGGGUCACAGAAGAAACAAAGCAUGAGUAUGUUGAUCUUGUUGCUGAACAUCUUUUGACAAACGCCAUCCGUCCUCAAAUUAAUUCCUUUCUAGAAGGUUUUAAUGAAUUGGUACCACGAGAACUUAUAUCCAUAUUUAAUGACAAAGAGCUUGAGCUUCUCAUAAGUGGUCUUCCAGAAAUUGAUUUGGAUGACUUGAAGGCCAACACCGAGUAUACCGGCUAUACAGUGGCAUCAAAUGUUGUUCAAUGGUUCUGGGAGGUGGUCAAAACUUUCAACAAAGAAGACAUGGCAAGAUUACUGCAAUUUGUGACUGGAACGUCAAAGGUUCCUUUGGAGGGUUUUAAGGCCUUGCAAGGCAUCUCUGGUCCACAAAGGUUUCAGAUUCACAAGGCAUAUGGAGCUCCUGAUCGACUUCCAUCAGCUCAUACUUGCUUCAAUCAACUUGACCUUCCUGAGUAUACCUCUAAGGAACAGCUUCAAGAACGUUUGUUACUUGCCAUCCAUGAGGCUAGUGAAGGGUUUGGUUUUGGUUGACCUGUAUUUUGGUGCGAUAUUUUUUUUGCACUGCUGUUCCACCAUUGGUGUCUCCAACUUGUCAUUUGGAGAAGGAGUUUGUGCUGCUAUUCUGUUGUGGGCACUAUUGGUAAGCAUCCCAAUGAGUCGAUGAGGCAUUCUGAUGUUGGUGAUCAAUUUAUUCUGAUGUUCUCCCAGAAAAAAAUGGCUAGAAUGUUUUUUCCCAGAUUCUGAUGUUGGAGAAUCUGCCAUGCCUAGUUUGGGAGCUUUCUGACAGCCUUCAUACUGUGUCAAGCUUUUGCAGUCUGGUCCAAUCUUAAUUUAUAUGUAGUUUCUAUGGCCAAACAGCCUUUUAUAGUUCUAGAAUUUACUAAUAAGAUUGAGGAUGUACAUAUUCUGGAAUACAUAAUUGAUGCUUUUGCUCCCGAAAGAAAUUGUUCGAGUAUUAGAAACUCUUUUUUAAGUAAAAUGAGCAUACUUGAUAUCUAA